AGCGCUAAACAGAACCAACGACAUUGUGAAUUCGUGUGUUUAGAGCUCUGUGAAAACAUAAUUUAGUUCAUGGAAUAGAAGAAGAUCGUAAGGAUUAUGGAGAAGUUUCAGUUUAUAUUUGGACUCACCCUCCUUCUCAGCCUUGGAUUAAUUCGCAAUGUAAACGGUGAUUGCACAAACUCCGAUGGAUCGGAGUGCACAGGAACAGACUGUUGUUACGACGGUACCGAUGGCUUAUCACCGGUCCUGGGUUCUGGAGGUGCCAUAGCCCCAAUACAAGAAUGCUAUACCACCGGUGCCGGAAAUGGGGUGAUCUAUACCUGUACUGGUGAUCUGAGGGGACCUCCUUUCAACGAUUGCUACGAUGGGACAUGGCAAUUUUCGUUCGCACCGACAUGCGAAGGUGUGACUUUAUGCCCCCAACCUACGGUACCAACAGACGGCAGUAUCACUCCUGAUACUCCUACAUAUGACCUAUAUACCCGAGUCACAUACGCCUGCGGCGACGGGUAUACGUUAGGAGGCCCAUCCGAAGCGGUCUGCGAAUCGGGUGGGGUCUGGAAUCCGUCCACUGUACCCACUUGCCAAGGUAUAACUGCAUGCCCUCAACCUACGGUACCAGUACACGGCAGUAUCUCCCGAAUCACAUACGCCUGCGACGACGGAUAUACGUUGGGAGGCCAAUCCGAAGCGGUCUGUGAAUCGGGUGGGGUUUGGAAUCCGUCCACUGUACCCACUUGCGAAGCCAACUGUGCCAAACCCACUCUGACCAAUGGAGGCGUCAGUCCAGAUCAAGAUACUUUUAGUAACGGCGAGGUUCUCAUUUAUGAAUGUAACACGAACUAUACCUUGGUCGGGGUAUCGACAACAACAUGCCGCAGUGGAGUCUAUGAUCCCCCAGGCAAACCAACCUGCUUUAGUAUGUGUAGUCCGCCAGUCGUGGACAACUCCGAUUACGAUGCGCAACAGCCUCCGGUCGACCACGCUUCCACGAUUACGGUUAAUUGCGACCCCGGUUACUCAACCGGUACCGGCACCGACCAGGACUUGACAUGUACCAACGGCAAUUUCAACGACGACCCUCCAGUGUGUUACGCGAACUGUCCCCCUCUUGACGAUUUUGACAACGGAGUCCGCUCUGGAGAUUCAAUCCCUUUCUACCAUAACGAACAGGUGUCAUACACGUGUAACAAUGGUUUCACGUUGGUUGGCUCCACAUCUCUCACGUGUGGUGACGGCGAUUGGAAUGACGUUCAACCAGUCUGCUUAGCGAAUUGCGCUGUGAGUGCUGUACCGGAUUCAGAUUAUUCAUCUGGGGGUUCAGUCACGCAUGGUACGACUUUCAACGUAACGUGUGACUCUGGCUUUUCCACGGGUACGACAAGGGCUACAGAGUUCUCUUGUAAUGAUGGUGUCCUGUCUCCUGAUACACUACCUACAUGCUACGAGGACUGCGAACCACCGACCGUACAAUACUCCGACUACAGGGUCCAACAGCCUGAUGUAUUGCACAACACCGACAUCACCAUAACCUGCUGGGCGAACUACUCCAUCGAUGCAGACUCCCAGAGCGCUACGCUUUCGUGCAAUGAUGGGAGCUUCCAGGAGGAUACGCCAACAUGCUACGAAAAUUGUCCGGAGAUAUCUGAUCCAGAUAACGGUAUAAUAACAAGUGGAGAGAGCCCCUUCUAUCACCUGGAAGUGGUCACCUUUGAAUGCUCCGACAACUUCACCCUGAUUGGUCAAUCAGAAAUCACGUGCAACGACGGAGCAUUUGAUAACGAUCCGCCGAUAUGUUUAGCCGAGUGUAAGCCGCCCGUGAUACCAAAUUCCAAUGCAACGUCAUCAUCGCCUCUCCUGGAAUCGGGCUCCACCAUCACUGUGACGUGUGAUGACGGUUACUCCAAUGGCCAAUCACGAAGCACCACGUCAACGUGCGAUAACGGAGAGCUUGAACCGGCCUUGCCUCUUUGCUAUGAGGACUGCACACCGCCUGUAGUGGACUACUCCGACUACGCCACUCAAGGGAAUGAUGUUUACCAUACCACGGCAAUCACCAUCACCUGUAAUCCCGGGUACUCUACGGGCACUAGCCGAAACACAACCUUGACUUGCACCGAUGGAAACUUCGACGCCACAGCUCCCAUAUGCUAUGCCGACUGUAUCACACCAGUCGUGUCGUAUUCCAACUACCAGUCGCAACAACCCGAUGUCUUCCACGCAACCGAAUUUACCAUACUUUGUUGGUCCAACUAUUCCACGGGGCCGGACUCUCGGGAAACUCUAAUUACCUGUAACGACGGCACGCUAAGUGAAGAUGAUACAGUCUGCUAUGAAAAUUGCGGGGUUCCCGUCGUGGAAGAUUCGGACUACAGCGAUCAGAAAGAGGACGUGUUCCAUUUAGUGACAUUCAACGUUUCUUGCGACAAUGGGUACUCUAACGGCGAUGAUGUCUAUACAACUCUGACGUGUGAUAGCGGUAAUCUAAACGAUGCGGAUCCUACCUGCUACGCAAACUGCCCAGAUUUUGGGAUUAUCGAGGACGGCUCCUAUUCGGGGGACACCCCUCCCUUUUACCAUGAGGAGACCGUAACAUUCAGCUGUAAUACCAAUCACACUCUGGUAGGUGACGAGACGCUCACGUGUAACGAUGGCAACUGGACCGCAUCUAUUCCAUCUUGCGAAGCGGACUGCCUUCCACCAGUGAUACCUAGCUCUGACUACAACACCAGCAACCCUCAGGUUACGCAUGGUACAGACCUGAUGAUCUCUUGCAACACCGGGUACUCUACAGGUCAAAACGAAACACAGUAUCUCACAUGCGUCGACGGCACUUUAAGUCCCGUUCCUCUCGACUGUCUACGGGAUUGCACACCACCUGUUGUAGAAAAUUCUGACUAUGAUGCGCCAAGAGACACUGUGUUCACAUCCCAGUCGCUCAUCAUAACAUGCGACGCGAAUUUCACAGUAGGAGGCGGCGACUCAACAGCUACGACAACGCUCACGUGUGACGAUGGUGAACUCGACCCAGAGGACGUGACAUGUUAUGCAAACUGCCCAGAUCCAGGCGAACCUGUCGACGGGCAAUACGAGUACGAAGGCGAUGGGUUCUACCACAACACGGUGGUCUUCUACUACUGCGAUGACCGCUUCGACCUCGAAGGCGAGAGCGAAAUUGUAUGCACUGACGGGGAGUGGUCAGGCGUUGCCCCUAACUGUACAGACAAGGCUCUCUCUGACCUGAUCAUGCUCACCUGUGGUCCGACCAGCAUGGAAGUCGAGAUACCCCUCGUACUCCUUGAGGACAUCGAUGUGACUGACAUCGGGAUGGAAGGCGAUCUGGGCUGCACCGGAUACAUCGAUGGUGACAUGAUGAGGGUGAACACGUCGCUGUCGGGGUGUGGCACCAACAAAACGGAAAAUUCCACCUAUGACACCUACACAAACCGCGUGGUCAACAACUACUUCACGGACGUCAUCACCCGUGUCAUCGAUAUCCAGAUUCCGUUGAAGUGCUCAUACCCAAGGAAUGAGGAAGUGCGCGCCGUCCGUUACGCAGUCCUUGAUUACGUUCUGGGAAAGAACUUGGAAGCGACCGGCGCGUACAAGACGACGUUCGGAAUCUAUAACACCUCGCUUUUCACGCAUCGCUACGCGGACGGAGGGGCGGUUGACCUCGAUAUCAACGAGAAGUUGUUCUUUCAGCUGCAGCUCGUAACGGAUGUCGCCGACAACCGUCUAGUCGCGGAGCAAUGUUGGGCUACGCCUACGGUAGAUUCAACAGAUUCAACUAGCCAUGAUUUGGUUGACGAUGGGUGCCCAAGUGAUGAUACUCUGGCGUUCUUAUCGAACGACGUGGGCGAUACAACUGUUCAGUUUGAACUCAAUUCAUUUAGAUUCGUUGACGACACUGAUAAGGAGGUUUACGUUCACUGCGAGGUAUUCGUCUGCCACGAAGCCUCAACCGAUUCUUUCUGCACCGUCAACUGUCCAGCCUCGCGCAAGAAGAGACGCACGGACGGUCACAUGAGCGGUUGGGAGCGCGCCAAGCUGAAGGGUCAAAUGUUAUACAAGACAUUAUUGGCUGAAGGAGGUGACCGAAAGAAAAGGGCCAGCGCGAAUCACGAUCCCGUCGUCAAAUUCGUCAAGGCCGGGCCGUUCAGAUGGAAUAUCGAUGUUGGUGUAGAGCAACAACUCCUCGCUAUUCCACUCGAAGGUGGGGAGUCCUCGUCGUCUGCCUGGAUGCACUCAGUUAUCGGCAUGGCCGUCAUCGUCGUGGUUUUCUCAGUCAUACUCGUAGUCGUGGUCAAGCACUACAAGCGACGGCUAAGAAGUGACUAUCGUUACAAGUCUCUUAAUAAUUGUAACUAGACCCAUCGGUCUCCAACUUUUAUAUGAUUGAGUAGAGCAUGAAAUAGCUCAAUUAUCGAAUGUCUGAUCAUAUGGGGGGGGGGGGUCGAACACGUUAUAUAAAGGCGACGCAGAAACUAUUGUGAAGCAAAUAUUGUAGAUAAUAUGUAAACAAAUUUUAUUUUGUUCCUCAAAUGUUAUUUCAUGACAAAUUGAAAUGAAAAGUAUAAUAAGUGCACUAUGAAAAAAGACAUUCAUUUCUUAGCAAGAGAGUAGCCUAUUGUAUGCGAUACCAUAUCAACCAACAGUGGGGUUAUAUAUUACUCCUUACAAACAAGAUGUGGCGGAAUACUUCACAAUAAAAAAUGUGGAUAUUUUGA